CGGAGCUGAACUGGACAGUAUUCUUGGAGGGCGGGGCAUCCACAUCCAUUUCAUCUUCGAAGUCCGACAUGGCCGGGGUGGGAUAGAAUUGAUGACUCCCGUAUAACGCCUUCACUAGAAAUCCAAAAUCCAAAACUAUGAUCUAGCGAUUGGGAAACGUGUGUAUAGGAACAACGUAUAAAGUUCGGAACUGUCGAUGUAAUUUUCCUGAUUCUAUCGAAGAUGCGCAGAGGAUUUCCGCAUUGAGCCAUUUAACGCGCUCGAAAGUUGAGCCGCUAAAAGACGCGUUGAGCGCUCGGAACCGGAAAAACUGGCAGGGCAGACUAGUAUGAAAUCAGACUAGCGCGAGACCCGGCACCAUGACAUCACAUGACACCAACCAAAGAGCGAGUUGACGCUGAGAGGUAACGGACGACGGCGACGACGGCGACGACGACGACGAACGAGAUAUUUCUGGCAGCAAGAAUCUAGCUAGGAAUUCCGAAGAAGAUCAUACAUUAGAUAAAUUGAACCCAUUCGAAGAUGCCGGCAUACCACUCCAUCUUCCUCCAGGAGGCAGAUGUCCCAACCAUAGGAAACUUCCCCCUCCUCCCCCUCCGCACUCGCACGCGUGGCCCCGCCUACACACUCCCCCCACUUGCCCCCGGCACCGCAGAAUUCAACAUAGACCCGGACAGCGAAUCGUAUGACUGCCUCGACGAAAUCCUCUCCCUGUACCGCGCCAACACGUUCUUCCGUAAUUUCGAAAUCAAGGGCCCUGCCGACCGUAUGCUGAUAUAUGGCAUCCUCUUCGUGAGCGAAUGUCUGACGAAGGUUAAGCCGGGCAUGGCAGCGAGGGAGGCGGAGAAGGUCCUUAUCAACACUUCUCUCGACCACUUCGCGAUCCCCGGAGACGCCUCCUUCCCCCUAAACCAGGCGUUCGAGUCACCCCGUGAUCGGCAAGAUGCAGAGACUUUAAGACAAUACAUCUCUCAGGUCCGACAAGAACUUGCUAUCCGAUUACAUUCCCGCCUCUACCCUGGAGGGGUCGGGCCUUCAAAGUGGUGGCUCGCUUUUGCCAAACGAAAGUUUAUGGGAAAACACCUGUGAAGAUGGAGGCUCUCUUUAUGCGUUUUUAUUCCUGUUACUUGGCCUCUUCAUGUUUUAUAUGCCACCCGUUCCUUUUUCUUUUAUGAUGCAAAAUACACAUCGCGGUUUCAUGCUUGUUAUCACUUUCCCUUUCUUUUCUCUUUUCCUUUUUUCCUUUUUUCUUUUCCUUUCCUUUUGUUUUUUUCUCUUUUUUUCGUUUCAUCAUUUCCAUUACAUUGUUUUAUUGUCUUAUGCGCUUUUCUAUUCCGCUAGCCGUGCAACGGUUGAUAGAAUGUAGCAGGGGAAUAGAAACUUAUUCCUUCUUUUGAGAGCUACAUGUGGAGGUAAGGUCUACUAGAGCCUACUUAAAAGAAACAAAUGGAUUCUUUAACUAUUGUACAUGUACAUACCAGCAUUCAGUAGCGAUUUUGCGAUAUUUUUAUAUUUAGUGGACGAGUGGUUGAACCACAUAGUCUGCUGUUGCUGCUACUGAUGUACGCAUAUCUACAUUUAUCUAUCACAGAUACACAAAACAGCAAAAGAAAAACACACACACACAUUGUACAUGUAUAGUAUGUGAGGCGGCGGGAUAAAAAGUGAGUGAGCGAGAUGGGGUAUCAUGAUGUGUACUGUACUUGUGUCCAGUGUCUUGCUUGAUUGCUUGAGUGAUAUUAACCUCGUGAGCGUAUGCUUUCGCGUGCAUGUAUAAUGUAACAAAAGGGGUAUCAAAACUGGGGAGAAGUAUUUGGGUAUAUUAUAUUCUCGAGACGGGUAAUGUGUGAUUGCAGUUAAUGGGAGUUAGGAUGGUUACCCAGAGUCAAAAAGACAAGACACAAAACGCUGGUAUCAGAAAAAUCGAAUUGAUGGGAGAAUUGCUGAGCCAUCAUUAAAUAAGUG